UACAGAAGCUACGGACACAGAAGAUACCGGCAUCCGGUGAUAUCGAAAGUGUUUUAACAGAAUUUAGAUAAAUAUGUUGUACAAACUGGUGGUGGGCGCAUCGGCCUUGAUGGCCCUUUCACUUCUGAGUAUAGAAGCCGCCCAGCUGCAAGGAGUUGCAAGAAAUAAUUCCAGAAGAGGUAUCUGUACCUUGGAAGUUCCUACUAUUGACCUCAUUCCUGUAGAAGACAGACAUGGCGUUAUUCCUAAAGGAAAUGGAUCCCGGAACGGAUACAGCAAAAUAGACGUCUGCUGUACUGGAUAUGAAAGAGUUCCAAGAACCCACUUGCUUUGUGAGCCUGUCUGUGAUCACUGUGAGAAUGGUAACUGCACAUCUCCUGGUCAUUGCGAAUGCAAGCGAGGAUGGAUUCAUGAUCCCUACCAUAAAGACUGCAUCCCUACUUGUCCAGAAAGGUGUCUGAACGGUGUCUGCACCAUCACUGGCCAAUGUUCCUGUAAUGCCGGAAAUACACUCAGCUCCAACGGAAAAUACUGCCUCCCUCACUGUAGCGGAGGUUGUGGUGUUGGUGGAAACUGUGUAGGUCCUGAAACUUGCGCUUGUGACAAAGGUUUCUCUUUAGAUGCAAGAACCCGCAAAUGCAACUAUCAUUGCGAAGGAGGCUGUGGAGAAGGAAGCUGCAUUGGACCAAAUCAAUGUUCUUGCAAACCAGGAUAUAGACAAGCUGGACACUCUUGUGUACCAGAUUGCCCAAGAGGAUGCCACAAUGGAGAUUGUGUAGCACCAAACAGAUGUUCCUGUAAAGCUGGAUGGGCUUUGGAUGGUACUGGAACCGUUUGUACCCCUCACUGCAAUCAACCUUGCCUCAAUGGUGACUGUAUUGCUCCCAAUCAAUGCAAAUGUAAAGAAGGAUACAUUGAAGCUCCACACUCCGUUAGAAGCCAGACCUGCGUAGCUCACUGUCCAGGAGGUUGCCCUAAUGGCUCUUGUACAGCCCCAAAUUUCUGUAUUUGUAACCCCGGCUUCGUAAAAGAACGUAAAGGAAGCAACAACUGUGUUAAAAGAUUCAAGAGAUCAUUGAUGCACAUGGAGUUGAUUCCUGAAGCAAUUUUACAAGGACUGUAAACUGUUAGUUUGUAUAUUUGUUUGUGACGAUAUUUUUUAUUGUAAAUUUUGAGAUUUUGUACAUUUUGAUGUAUUUUAAAAUAUGAGACUUUUAAUAAAGUUAUAACGAAGUUGAA